AUGGGUUCCUUCCCAACCUUUGAUGCUCCGGGCUGCCGGCAAGAGCCCACGCCGGCGAGGAAGGGAGGAGGGGCGAGGAAGGGGCUGGGCGGCCGUUGCGGCUUCAGCACCACGGACCGCGGACAGCUCCACAAGGCGCGGGCGGGGCGCGGCGCCUCCGCGCUGCGCAGCCCCGGCCCCGCCGCCCUCCGCCGCCGGAGAGCCCUGCAGCCGACCCUGCCGAGCGCGGCUGCUGCAGGAGCGGCCCCGCUGCCCCAGAGGAGACGGAAGGCAGCGAAACCUCUGCGCUCUGGCGCGUUUUCAAGCUGGUUUUCACCUCCCACCAGCCGUUGCAGGGACCUACGAGGCAAGGAAACUUUCAGGGGCAGGUGGCAGCGACCGACUGUUCGGCGAUUUUUCGGAAUUGGUGUGUUUGCCAGCACCAGUGUGCACAUGGUGUGGUCAUGUCUGUGGCUGUGUGAUUCCCAGGCACAUGUGACUGUGGUUAAUUCCUGGUGCAGUUUUGAUUCAAAUUUAUUGCUUAAAUUGUUGAAGAUGUUCCUUACAGAGGAACAAAAGAGAAGAAUUGAAGAGAACCGCCAGUUGGCUUUGGCUAGGAGAGCAGAGAGGUUGGCAGCCCACAGAGGUGGGCACGUGGGGGUUGCUGGACCUCACGUGAAAGAGCAGAGUCCAGGCCAUCAGGGAAGCUUGAAGGAAGAGAACAAUCAUGUCAGAUUCAUUAGCCAGCACAAACAGAAUCCAAACAGUCCCGUGGAGCAGAAGAGCAGUCUUCAGAAAGAUUAUAAUCAGUACACUGCAAACCAACAGAUGGCUGGUUCACAUGGAGAGCAACAAAAGAAUUGUUCACAGAACUCGGAACAAGCAAGUGGCAUUAAGCCUACAACGAUUGCAAAUUCUCUGAGUUAUUCCCAUAAACAUUACGUGGAUACUGAUGGUCAGGAACAUGGACAACAAGCUUUAAUUAAUCUUGGUACAUUCCAGCAGCCCAAAUGCUACACAGCUUUCAAAACCCCUACGGAAUCAUCUCAUCCCAGAUUACUUGAUUACAGGCACCCUGAUGGUAGUAAAGAUUUACAGAGUCAGAAAAAAUCUGCCAUAAAAUAUGUUACACCACCAAGCAGUGCCAACCCGAGUGAUACAGAAAUGCUGAUAAACACAAGGAGACCAAAGGAAAGAGAAGGAGAAGGAGGUAGGAUGCAGAAGCUGACCAGCUGUAUCAGUGCAGGCUCUACCUUUGAAGCUGCCUCUUGCAAGAAAGGAAAUAGUGUUACAAGAGGAAAAUGCGUGAAAUAUGGGGAAGACCGAUUUCAGGUUGAAAUAGGAUAUAAUGCUGAACUUAUUGCAGUGUUUAAGAAGAUACCAAGCAAAAGCUAUGAUCCUGAUAUGAAAAAAUGGAAUUUCAGCCUGAAAGAUUACAGCAGUUUCAUGGAAACAGCAAAUCAACUUUCGUCAGUAAUUCUGGCACCACUGGAAGGAGAAAAUGCAGUUGGCUCGGCAUCAGGCUCUUGUUUUGCUGGCAAUAGGAUUGAUGUGAAAUCCCUCUUGAAGAUGUGUAAGAACUGGAAGAAAACCUCAGCCUGUGUCAAAGGGAAGUGUGUGCUGAUCUCUCGCUUGCGGUUUGAGGUUGAUAUUGGAUAUUCUGCAGAAGUAAUUGGAGUGUUCAAGCAAAUGCGUUCCAGAAAUUAUGAUACCAACACCAAAAAGUGGAAUUUCCUGCUGGAGGACUACCCCAGACUAAUGGAAGUGUUACAGAGCCUUGUGUCAGUAGAAGUGGAGCCACUGCCAGAGGCAGUGAUACAGGCCUUUGCUGCUCAAAUACAGAAAACUACAUCACAGACAGACGUUCCUGAUGCUGACCUUUCAGUAGUGGACUCCAAAAUCGUGAAGAGCCUCAUGCCCUUUCAACGGGAAGGUGUGAACUUUGCAAUUUUAAGAAACGGACGUUUACUAAUUGCGGAUGACAUGGGCUUGGGCAAGACUGUUCAGGCGAUCUGCAUUGCUGCAUAUUACCAGAAGGAAUGGCCUUUGCUGGUGGUGACUCCUUCUUCUGUGAGGUUUACAUGGGCAGAGGCAUUUCACAGGUGGCUUCCAUCCUUGAGUCCAGGUAGCACCAAUGUCAUAGUGACUGGCAAAGACAACCUAACAGCAGGCUUGAUCAACAUUGUCAGCUUUGACCUCCUCAGCAAGAUGGACAAGCAACUUCAGAGCACUUUCCAAGUAGUUAUUAUUGAUGAAUCGCAUUUCCUAAGGAACAUAAAAACUGCACGAUGCCGGGCUGCCAUGCCUCUACUCAAGGCUGCCAGGAGAGUGAUCUUGCUUUCAGGAACCCCUGCCAUGUCACGGCCUGCAGAGCUCUACACACAGAUUGCAGCUGUCCAGCCAGCCUUCUUCCCACAGUUCCAGUCCUUUGGGCUACGCUAUUGUGAUGGCAGGAAGAUGCCGUGGGGUUGGGACUACUCUGGAUCAUCCAACUUAACUGAACUGAAAAUUUUGCUGGAAGAGUCCAUCAUGAUCCGACGUCUGAAAUCAGAUGUGCUUUCCCAGCUUCCAGCGAAGCAACGCAAAAUGGUUGUGGUGGCUCCCGAAAAGAUUAGUGCAGAGACCAAAGCUGUCUUGGCAGCUGAAGCAAAGAUGAUGACCAAAGGAUACAAAAGUAAACAACAGGAGAAGGAAGCACUUCUCAUCUUCUAUAGCAGCACAGCAGAAGCUAAAAUCCAUUCAGUCGUAGAAUACGUCCUGGACUUACUGGAAAGUGGCAAUAAUAAAUUCCUGGUGUUUGCUCAUCACAGGAUAGUGCUGGAUGCAAUAGUUGCAGAGCUGGAGAAGAAACAUGUUGAAUACAUUCGCAUUGAUGGCUCCACACCUUCAGCUGAGCGACAGUCUCUGUGCCAGAAGUUCCAGUUGUCAGAGAAGCAGGUGGUGGCUGUCCUGUCCCUCACUGCUGCAAACAUGGGCCUGACAUUGUCUGCUGCAGACCUGGUGGUGUUUGCAGAGCUCUUCUGGAAUCCAGGGGUUUUGAUCCAAGCAGAAGAUCGGGCACAUCGAAUUGGACAGACCAGCUCUGUUAACGUUCACUACCUCGUGGCUAAAGGCACAGCAGAUGAUUACUUAUGGCCAAUGAUUGAAGAGAAAAUUAAAGUGCUGGGGGAAGCUGGUCUUUCAGAAACCAAUUUCUCCAGAACAGCUGAAUCCACUAAUUACUGUCCUAAGGCAGAUCCAAAGCAGAAGACCAUCUAUGACCUUUUCCAGAGGACCUUCUCUGAGAGCCAGGAUGACAUUGAUGAAGCUUUGCUUUUGGAGGCAGAUGAUGCUUGCUGCAAGUCUGACUCUUGCAGUGCCUUGCAAGACACAGGAGAAAUGUGUUCAGUGAGUCCCCCUAGAAAGCGGCGUAUUGAGGAGUUUUUUAAAGCGUAAUGGUGACAGCAAAAGAGACUGCAGCUAAGAUACUUUUUUAUUAAAAAAAAGAAAAAAGCAAUCAAGUAUUACGAGUUUUCAAAAAUAAAAGACUACAUUUUCUGUAUCUCUAGUGUGUUUCAUCUUGAAAGAUGAGAAGGCAGUCUGACAGUGGGACAGAUGGGCAGCCCAUACCUGGCAGCCUGCAUGUUUUGUGGUCCUAGUUUUGCUGAUGACUGAAGGGCUAUGGACAAGUAAUGUGCUGUUUUGUUUAAGAAGCAUUUAAUGGUUGUCAGGCUACAAGGUAGAACUGUUGUGAAAACUAACUGCUCAGCAGCUGCAGAUUGCUUAUAACAGUCUUCCAUCUCUAAGAAAUUUAGUCUGCAUUUAUAGGAGUCAGUUCACUGAAAAAUUUGGCCCUUGCAUCACUCACAAACUGGCUCUCUGAUAUUCAGUUUGGCAGUGAAGAAAAAGAUCCGGACAGAUCCUGAUGUUCUGUUUUGUUUAGGAAGAAGAGAGACAGACCCAGAUAUUUCCGUGCAGAGCAGUCAGUAUUUUGAAACCAAGUAGUACAGCUGUCUGCCAGGAGGUGUAUAUUUUCUGUUAGGUAUAUGUCUGCCUGAGCACCCUCAUCAUUGGCCUCAUCUGCUAAAUCUUAGGACCUGCACCAUAGCACGUGCUUCUUGUGUCAGCAGAGGGUGAAGUUUAUGCUGACUGCCAGGAAUUAAGCCUGGCUGCUCAGAAAAGGGAAAGACUUGAGGCUGACUUCCACAGAUGAGUGAGGAGAGGGGAGUAUGUGUAGACUUUUGUUCUUGCUUUGUAAGAAGAUAAUUCUGGACUGAGCUGUUUAAAUAAAGAUUUGUUUUAAGU